AUGUCCGCGCAGCCACCCCAAUUCCUUAGAAUCAAACGGAAACGGGGUCAAGAUCCUCUUCAAGGGUUAGUUCUAGAAGAUAAGAGGUCGGCCAAACGGUCCAAACCUUCAACACCUUUAGGAUCUCCAAAAGCAUCUUAUACCGAUAUAGGAGCAUUAAGAGGGGUCAAAGAGACCACAAACUUUUAUUUCAAACUUGCUAGAACCGAUGAUGUUCAUGUUCAUGUUGAUGGAAGUGAUGGAGGUGAUGUUAUUCCAUCAGUGCUCUCUGAGACUACUACCACUGGAGACAAUUCAAGAAAGAGAAAGUUUGUUAUACCCAACAACCAGACUGCUGAAGAUACAUUGAUUCCAAAUGAGUUGAGUGAUAUGUUAGAUUCGUUUCUUACCAUCAACAGUUCCGAACCUCCUCAAGAGAAACGCAUCAGUCGGGGUAGAAAGGUUGUAGAAGAAGGUGUGAAAAACCAAUCUCCUCCUGGUCCCACCCCAAUACAUGUUCCAUUAGGUGGCGAAGAUCCAGAGGGAGAUUCAGAAUACGUUUAUGACGUGUAUCAGCUUACCACAACAGAACCUCGAACAUCCGCCAAUCAUCCACAAUCUCAGAUUGGGUAUGUUAGAUUCUUUGAUGAUUCUGACAAUGAACUUUAUCAAUCUGAAGAUGAUAAAGACCUGAAUGUUUUCACUGAUGAUGAGGACUCUAACGCUGAAGACUUUUAUCAGAACGAUUAUCCGAGUGAUGAGGAUGCCAACAUUAAUAGUAAUGAAGUGUUCUCGCAGUCUAAUCAAUUUGAAGCGGAAUUGGAGUCAGGCGACAAUGCUCUUGGAGAUAAUAGUGAGGAUGAAGAUGAAUAUGAACAUUUAUUUGCCAAAUAUGGAGGAGGUGAAGGCGACCAUACCGUAAAUUUUCUUCAGGAUGUUGCUGGGAAUGAUACAGAUGAAGAGGAGCAAGAAGAGGUAGAAGAAGGAGAACAAUACGAAAGGAAGAUCUUCUUUAAGUCCGAUAAAGAUAAUGAGCUGGCCAUUUAUCGAGAUCAGAUCUUUGGCAAGUUGGAUUCUAUGAUUAAAAAGAAGCAAAAGGGAGUCUAA